AUGGAUAUCAAAAAUUUGUUCAACGUUAAGGAUAAGGUGGUGCUUGUCACUGGUGGCUCCCGUGGUAUUGGUGAAAUGAUCGCUACGGUACGUGAUGAUUUAUAUGUCAGCGCAGGCGCAAAAGUAUAUAUCUCGAGCCGAUCCGCCGAAGCGUGUGAAAAGGUUGCAACGGCACUGUCUGCCAAAGGCCCUGGUCAGUGCAUUCCUGUUGCUGCUGAUUUGCAAAAACUUGAAGAAGUCCAUCGCCUUGUAGCAGAGAUUUCGAAGCAUGAAACCCAUUUGGAUGUUUUAAUCAACAAUGCGGGAGCAAAUUGGGCUGAAAAGUUUGACACAUUCCCGGACCAUGCCUUUGAAAAGGUUAUCAACCUCAACCUGAAGCGCGUGUUCUCACUCACACAGGCUUGCAUGCCGCUAUUGACGGCCAAAUCAACCCUUGACAACCCUUCGUCAGUCAUCAACAUUGGAUCUAUUGAUGGUUUCCGAGCCGCACCACAAAUGACUUUUGCAUACACAUCUGCCAAAGCAGGUCUUCAUCAUCUCACACGCCAUAUGGCCGGUAAGCUCGGCGAGCGCGGCGUUGUAUUCAACUCAAUCGCACCAGGUGCUUUCCAGUCAAAGAUGAUGCGCGAAACUUUGGAGAAGUUUGGAGACUCCAUCCGUGCAAAAAUUCCUAUUGGACGUAUUGGUACUCCUGAGGAUGUUGCUGGCACCUGCAUCUAUCUGUCAUCCCGCGCAGGUCAAUACACGAAUGGCGCCACGAUUGCCCUUGAUGGAGGCUCGCUUGUGUACAGCAAAUUGUAG